UCCCAGGCUUCAAACUGAAAACUGCCACUCUUUCUUCGUCUUGCACUCGGCAUCCGUCAAAGGGUUUAGGGUUUUUGCGAUCUGAAGAUGAGAAAGCUCAAGCAUCAUGAGAAGAAACUCUUGAAGAAGGUCAAUUUCUUGGAGUGGAAAAGAGAGGGAGGUCACCGAGAAAAUGAUGUCAUACGUCGCUACCACCUCACCAACAGAGAUGAUUACAAGAAGUAUUCAAAACUGUGUAGAAUGGUACAGAAGCUAGUGAAUAUAUUGAAACAGAUGGACCAUACUGACCCUCUUCGGAUUGAGAUGACUGAUGCUCUCCUCGAAAAGCUGUAUAACAUGGGAGUGAUACCAUCCAGGAAGAGUUUGGCUUUGUGUGAUCGGUUAUCUGUUUCAUCCUUUUGUCGGCGAAGGCUUUCUACAGUACUGGUGCGCCUGAAGUUUGCUGAACACUUGAACGAAGCUGUGACUUAUAUAGAGCAGGGGCAUAUUCGUGUGGGGCCGGACACAGUUACCGAUGGUUCGUUUCUAGUUACAAGAAAUAUGGAAGACUUUGUUACUUGGGUAGAUACAUCUAAGAUUAGGAGAAAAGUCUUGGAAUAUAAUGACAAGUUGGAUGAUUAUGAUGCAAUGAACUAGAGUAUUACUGAUAGAUACUUGGGGAACUGAAAAAAGUAUGUAAGCUGAACCCUAUUUUGUCAUCCAGUGAGGAGAUUACAUACCCUUUGUUGCUCUUUCUUCACAGCUCUUUUGUGCCCCUUUAAUGAAAUCAUAUUUUGUUCGUUCUACAA